AUUAUACCAGAAAUAUACGUCACACCCAUACAUUGCCUAUACACACAACCCUUAUCGUACCGGGUAACGCGAAAAACUAGAGCGGAAACCCGUGGUAGGAAAAAAACAUCAUUGAAUCGUGAAAUAAUGAAAUUUUAUCAAUCAACUUCUGAACUAUGCUUAUUCAAUUAUAUAAUUGAUUGCGAGAGCGGGAAAAAAUAACAAUAUCACUACCUGAAGAAUUAAGCUCUAAGCGAAAAAAAAAUCAAAGAUAAUGACAAGCGAAACGUAUUAACGUCGCCCGUAUUCGCGUCUGAUAUUUCUAAUACGCGUGUACAUAUAAUUCAAGCGAAAUAAGACGAGACGAUUCAAUCCGUGGGAAAUUAAUUUCAUGAUAAAAAAAUGUUUAAUCGGUAUUUGAUGUGAAAGGAGCUUAAAUAAGGUUAUCCCAUGACUCAUCGUACGCAGUUGUAACCUUAGCAACUGAUGUAAAACACGAAAAGCAGAAAAUGCAUGAUAUCGAUACGAAAUUUAGUCCAUCAGAAUGGUCGAUAGAAUGUAGUAAGAAAUAUCGAGAACUAUAAGAGGAGGCGAAAAAGCUUUUCCGUGACUUUUAUUGCAAAAAGUAACUUACAAUACACACAACCUUGUAUAUACAAGAGGUUAAGAAUUUGUUACAGUGUCGUUGAACACAUGGCUAACAAUGCGCUUAGCAACGGACGAGUGCCUCAGCAAUCUGAGCAACGUUUUAGAAACGACAGAAUUUCGGACAGAUCAAAGAAAGCACCAGACAUACCGGCUGUCGAGAAUCGAAACUGGUUGCUUCACAAAUAUUACACGCGACACGAGUACAGAAUUUGCAAAACUCUUAUUGAGGAAGAGCUCGUCAAGUCCAACGGUCACAACGAGUACGCCAAUUAUCUAAAGGGUCUGAUCCUACGACGCGAAGGUAGAAUUCAAGAUUCCUUGGACUCGUUCCAAAACAGUUACGGCGUGAAUUCCACGAACGUCAACAAUGUCCGACAAAUAGCCAAGAGUUUAUUUCUUUUGGGAAGUCACAAACGUGCUGUCGAGGCUUACAUCGAGGCAGGAAAGAUGUCGGACUUCCCAGACUGGGAAAUACACUGCAACCUCGGAGAAUGUUACAUAAAAUUAUGCGAAAGUGAGAACGCCGAAAGGGAAUUGAAGAAAGCGAUCGAGUUGACAAAAAACGAAUCACCCUAUCUGGCACUGGCGAGACUUUAUGUUUCGAAAGAUCGGAUCGAUGAAGCCAUCGAAAUAUACAACGCAGCUCUGAGCGCCUCGGGGGAAAACGAAGAAGCGUCGACUGAAUUGGGUCUUUUGUAUCUAAAGAUUGGUGAUCAUCAACGUGCUUUUCAGGAAUUUGGAACCGUUCUAGCGAAUUCGCCGACAAACACGAAGGCCAUUCUCCCAAUGGCUUUCAUUAUGCAGACUCAUCGAGAGCACGACGUCGCACUCUCCAAGUACAAGAUCGCCGCGCAGUUUAUGCCCGAAUCGCCUUAUCUUUGGAAUAACAUUGGCAUGUGCUUUUUUGGCAAACAAAAAUACGUCGCGGCCAUUAGCUGCCUCAAAAGGGCUCACUACUUGAAUCCACUAAGCUUGAUGCCAGCCUGCAAUUUGGGCAGGGUCCUGCUGACCACCGGCCAACCGGCAUCCGCAGCGAUCUAUUUAAGCGCAGCCAUCUCUUCGGAGCCGAGCAAUCCCAUGCCGUACCUCUUGUUCGGCUUGGCGCUCAAGCGUUUGGACGAUUUGGACGGAGCGGAAAAAAUAUUGGCGAAAGCACAUUCGCUCGCGCCUCAGGAUCCUCACGUCCUUAUCAAUUAUGCGGUCAUCCUCGAGGCUGUAGGUCAACGAAUACGUGCGGCGGAAAUUUUGGUCGCCCUUAACGACAUCGCGACAGUAAUAGAGGUCGAAGCUCAGAUAGUUCAAACUGCGAGGGACCUUGCUGCCAAGUUGGGAGGACAACGAGACAAGACGAAUGUCGAAUUACCAAGGACCCUUGUCGAGGACGAAGUGUGACGUGGUUAUUGCGAGAUUCUGAAAAUAAUUAUUGGCCUGGUGUUUAAUUGUCUGGAUUUUCUGAAGAUCUGUAAAACAAAAAUUUGAAAAAAAAAAGAAAAAAU